UUAAUAAAAUCAGAUUAUUUCAUGAAAUUUAUAUCAACGACUACAUACUAUGUACAUAUGUCAGAAGCAUAUAUAAAAAUGAAUAUUUUUUCUCUAUUUUAUAAAAUAUAUUUAUAAGAUUUUUAAAAAACAUAACAAAGGUAAAUAGUAUAAAUAAUGUGCAAUACAAUGAUUUUACAAAUUUACAUUUUAUUCAUUUCUUCAAUGAUAUAUACAACAUGGGGGAGAGAUCAAUAUGUAUUAGUAACAACAGAUAUAGAAAGCCAUGAAACACUUUGGCCUAUAAAAACAGAAAUAAACCAGUAUUCUCCAACAUGGGAUAGUUUAGAUAGUCGUCCGCUUCCAACUUGGUAUGAUGAUGCAAAAAUCGGUAUCUUUAUUCACUGGGGUGUUUUUAGUGUUCCUAGUUUUGGCUCUGAAUGGUUUUGGAAUAAUUGGAAAGAAGAACAGAUUGAUACUAAAUACCGUGACUUUAUGAAACAAAGGUAUCCGCCUAGUUUUACAUAUCAAGACUUCGCUCAUGAAUUUACUGCUGAAUUUUUUAAUGCAACACAAUGGAGUUUAUUAUUUCAAGCUUCAGGUGCAAAAUAUGUUGUAUUAACAAGCAAACAUCAUGAAGGGUAUACAUUAUGGCCUUCAAAAUAUUCGUUCAGUUGGAACUCUGCAGAUGUAGGACCAAAAAAAGAUCUUAUAGGUGAAUUGGCUACAGCAAUAAGAAAUUCAACUAAUUUGAAAUUUGGUCUUUACCAUUCUUUGUAUGAAUGGUAUAAUCCUCUAUAUUUAUCUGAUAAAAAUAACAAUUUUACAACCCAAAUUUUUGUUCGUCAAAAGAUAAUUCCUGAAUUGCACGAAGUAGUAGAAAAAUAUAAGCCAGAAAUUGUAUGGUCUGAUGGCGACUGGGAAGCACCAGAUGUUUAUUGGAAAUCAAAAGAAUUUUUGGCUUGGUUGUACAAUGAAAGUCCUGUGAAAGAUACAGUUGUAGUAAAUGAUAGAUGGGGACAAAAUAUACCAUGUCAUCAUGGUGAUUUUUACACAUGUUCUGAUCGUUAUAAUCCUGGAGUACUUCUACCACAUAAAUGGGAAAACUGCAUGACGAUUGAUAGAAGAUCUUGGGGAUUUCGUAGGAAUGCUGUUUUAUCAGAGUAUUUGACUUUAUCAGAAUUGGUCAAAGAAUUAGCAAUUACUGUAAGUUGUGGAGGAAAUUUAUUAAUGAAUGUUGGACCAACAAAGGAUGGCGUUAUUAGCCCAAUAUUCGAAGAAAGAUUACGUGGAAUGGGUGAGUGGUUAAAAAUAAAUGGAGAAGCUAUUUACAAUACCAAACCUUGGAUAACACAAAAUGAUACUUUAUCUAAUACCGUAUGGUAUACACAAAGCAAAAACGUAAAACAAGUUUAUGCUAUAAUUCUUGAAUGGCCAAAUGAAGGUUUAUUAUAUUUAGGAUCACUUAAAACAUCUCCUAGUACACAAAUUUCAAUACUUGGAUCUAAAUUAUUAAUUAGAUGGAAACAAAGUAACGAAAAAUUGAUCGUAUCAUUACCAGCAGAACUUGAUAAAGGACAACCAGCUUGGGUAUUGAAAAUAAAACCAGAAUAACAGAAACAAUGAUAUCUAAAUAUAUAUUUUAUUAAAGAUAAUACGUUUUGUAUUCACUUGAAAGAAAAGAUACAUGUAAGUCGCAAAAUAGCGUUUUAUAACUUCCGUUCCCUCCAAAUUUUUAUUUGUAUAUUGUAUUGUAAGAAAAAAAUAAAUUCUUGAGUACAUCAAUAUAAA